AGUUGGAGGAUGAAAUUAGCUUAGAGAGAAAGCUAGCUUGGCCCAAAGCCAAACUAGCCUAAUCAACCUCGACACAGUCGUAAUCAUAUAUUUCGUACAUAAUUCAAACUCACAUGUAUUUAUAGCUAGAGAGAGGCUAACUUGGUCCAAAGCCAAUCUCGACCUUAAUAACACUAAACCCAAGUCAAAUUUUCCUUAAGUAAAAAUAAACCAUCUAACUCAUAAUCUAUCUAUAUAUCUAUAUGUAUAUAUAUAACAAACCAUUCUUUCCUUAGCACUAAAAUAACAAAGAGACAAAGGAUAAACGAAAUAUAAAGGGGGAGAGGUCCCCAGGCAAUUUCUCCUCAUUUCACUCAUCUUUAUAUUUCCCACAAACCUAUCGAACAUUUUCGGGGAAAGAACCAUGGAGAAAGCCGACGGUGGCGAGCUCGACGGGGAAGCCUCUGCCGCGUCCACGGAGCAGCAGCUCCAACCAAACUCAAACUCCGAAGAAACUUAUCUCACAACUCACCAUCUCUCCGCACUGCCCUCCGGCCUCACUCAGGAAGAGUUCGACGAGUUGAAGGACUUAGUAGCAGAGUUUCACAUCUACAAACUCACCCGCGGCCGGUGCUCCUCCUUACUUGCUCAGCGUGUUCAGGCACCAUCAGAGGCGGUCUGGUCCAUCGUACGAAGGUUCGACCAGCCUCAAAGUUACAAGCACUUCAUCAAGAGCUGUACGGUGAGUGAAGGAUUCACAAUGAAGUUAGGUUGUACAAGAGAGGUUAAUGUAAUAUCAGGCUUACCAGCGGAUACAAGUACGGAGAGACUCGAUAUUCACGACGACGAGAGACACGUCAUCGGGUUCAGUAUCAUCGGAGGUGAACACCGUCUCCGGAAUUACCGAUCGGUGACUUCGGUGCAUCAGUUGGAGCGGGAUGGUCAGAUCUGGAGCGUGGUUUUGGAAUCGUACGCGGUGGAUGUUCCGCCGGGGAAUACGGAGGAGGAUGCUCGUUUGUUCGCCGAUACGGUUGUGAGAUUGAAUCUGCAGAAACUGGCGUCGGUUGUUGAAGGAAUGAAUCGUGCAGGUAAUCGGUAAAUUUCUUCUUCUUCUUCUUGAAUUAGAGAAUUGGAAUGAAGAACGAAGUGGAAGUGAAAUUUGAUUUAGAGUUUCAUCAAUUUCUUGGGAAGAAUUGCGUAGAUUUUUCUGUUUCUUUUGGAAUGUGAAAAUAUCAAAAUGUCCUUUGAUUUCAAUAGAAGGGAGAAAGCGGUGGAGGGCAUAAACGGAAUAGUGGCGUUGGAUGGAUUGUGGAGUGCCAUUUCAGUCAAUAAUGCAAAGUGUAAAUGAGAACGAUGUCGUUUUGUUAAAAUAAAUUCCUUUACUCUCUUAUUUUCUUAUGCAAAUUAAUAUAUUUAUAUUUUGGAGUA